AUGACUUCAGAAAGUUCUGAAUGGAUAGAAUGAAUUUGCUUGGAAUAAAAGAUAACAGACUUUUUGGAUUAAAUUAAAUUAGAGCUUCUUAAUGAAGAUAUAUUGAAACAUAUAGGUUUCCUUACGAAAGAGAAAUGGGUCUACCUGCCACAGCACUUUCAUCAUCGGGUUUAAUUCAUCCGGCUUCCCGUAGUGGGACUACAAACGUUGGUACCAUUCAUACACAAAUGGAAUUGGAUCAUCUUCAUCAUAGUAAACGACCACGAUUAUGCGUAGAACCCAAAGCUCCUCUUCAUCAACCCUUAGUUAUUGAUACCAGAGACAUGGUAGAAGUGAAAAAGGAACCAGCUUAUACACCUCAAGUUGAGGCAAUUUCUCCUACAUUACCAACAGAUGAAUUGCAGCAGGAUCUUUCUCCUCAUAGAUCGUCGAAAGAUGAGUUAUUACAGGCUAUAAAUAGGAUAGAUCGAGAAAUAAAUCAAGUCGAAACUCAGACAUCAAAAUUGAAAAAACGGAAGCAAGAAUUAGAAGCUGAAGCAAAUAAACCUCCCGACACCAAACAGGUCAUACAAGAAAUAUCUACGAGCGAGCCGAAGCAAAUGAGCAUAGCCCAAAUUAUAUAUUCUGAAAAUAGAAAAAAAGCUCAGCAAGCACAUGCCUUAUUAGAAAAACUCGGACCAAAAGUUGAUUUGCCCAUGUAUAAUCAACCAAUGGAUACUCAGAUACACCAUGAAAAUAAAAAAAAAUUUGCAACAUUCAAAAAGAGCUUAAUACAGUAUUUUAAAAGAAAACAUCAAGAAAGACAAAUCCGAGAAAAUUACUUAACUGAUACCUACAGUCAAUUUAUGCAAGUAUGGCUUAAGAAAAUUGAAAAGAAAGAAAAUAAUGCCAAUAGAAGGGCAAAAGAAGCUAAAGUCAGAGAAUUUUUUGAAAAACAAUUUCCAGAACUUAAAAAGCAAAGGGAAGACAAAGAGAGAUUUUCUCGUGUCGGUCAAAGAAUAAGAAGCGAUGCUGAAUUAGAAGAAAUUAUGGACGGAUUACAAGAACAAGAAAUGGAAGAUAAAAAGAUGAGAAGUUAUGCUGUUAUUCCACCUAUUCUAUUAGACUCGAAACAGCAAAGACUUCAGUUUAUAAAUAGAAAUGGUUUAGUGGAAGAUCCAAUGGCAGAAUAUAAAGAAAGACAGAUGCUAAAUAUAUGGACCGAUCAGGAAAAAGAAAUUUUCCGUGAAAAAUAUUUACAACAUUCGAAGAAUUUCGGUCUGAUAGCAACUUACCUUGAGAGAAAAAGCGUGGCUGAUUGUGUUCAGUACUACUAUCUAACAAAAAAGAGUGAAAAUUACAAACAGAUGUUAAGGAAGCAUAAUGUAAGGAAAAGGACCAGAACAUUAGUAAAACCACAAUCUCAAGCGCAUCAUAAUCAGACUGGUAUAACAACUAGACAACAAGAUGAAGCAAAACCUAUAUCUACUAUUAUAACUACGACGACUAGCGUUACGGUUACCACCACAUCUGCGUCGACAACGUCAACUGUCGAAUCCGUCAGUACCACUACUAGUGACGUCAAUGUUACUAAUUUGUCUUCGUCAAUUACCUGUAUAACUACAAAUGGAAAUAUAAAUUCUGAUAGUACAAAAAUCCAGAAUGAUGAUAAUGCUAAUUCCAAGUCUGAAGUAAGAAACAAUAUUGAAAAUGGCGAAACUACAGCAGACACGAGUAAAAAGAAAUCUCUUGAACAAGAAAAGGACAAAGGAGAUGAAGGCGGUGAUGAAUUAAGUGACGAUAAUGAACUUCCAAAUGAAAUCAGUGGUGAAACCGGUGGCGUACAUCCUUGUGCGGUCUGCAAGAUUGAACUUGAAAACUUUGGACAGUCUCGGCCAUUGACGAAGUCCAACUGCGAUCAGUAUGGAAUAAAAGAAAACGAGUUGACGACGGAGACUCGCGUUUGUUCUUCUUGCCGAUUUAAAUCGGUCCGCAGAAGAUGCCCUAUUCCAACAUGUAAGACACCUAAAAGGAAAGUAAAAAGAUUACGACCUCUUCCGAGUAAGUGGUCGGAAGUGUCCGCAGAAGUCAGGGAACCAAUUAUUGCUGAACUUCAAAUCCCCGCAGAAGUAAACAAAUGCUGUUCGGCUUGCUUUAAUCGAAUCGCUAGAAAAUUGGGAACACAUUCUAUUUCUGACGAAAGUACCGAGACGUCUCGAUGGACGGAAGAAGAGAUGGAAAUAGCAAAGCGGGGAUUGCGAGAAUAUGGUACAGAUUGGAAAAGUAUAUCUGAUAUGGUUCAGUCUAAAACAAAAGAGCAAUGUAAAAAUUUUUAUUUCAAUUAUAAGCGUAAACUUGGUUUAGAAGAUAUCAUUAGAGAAUACAGAGAAGUACAUGGAAAAGAUAAUUCACUUUCAACAGUAACCGAUGAAGAAAGUGGCGAAACUACCUCUAGUUGUGAAGAAGAGAAUUGUGUAGAUAACUGUACUAGUGACACUGCCAGUGCCCCCAGUCCAGAUAACAAAAUGUUGGAUGAAAUUUCUGAAAAAGACUGUUCUAGACCAAAUCUUAUUCCAACUUUAAUUCAUAAAGAACAAGUAUGUGACACUAAUGAUGGUCCAAGACUUGAAACUUGUCACAGUCCAAGAAAUGUUCCUGAUUAUGACAGCAGUGCAACAGUUAGUGCCGAUGAAGGUCAGGGCUUAAAUGAAAACGAUGGAAGUACAACUUCGACACAGCUAGCGAGUUCAGAAACUAGUAGACCACAAAGUGGAAAUGGAAAUGAAAAUGCCAACCAGAUUCCUGGUAGUGGAAAUUCUUGUAUUUCAUUCUCAGUGCAACCUAAGGAUAGACUAGAUGGAUCUGGAAUACAUGAAUCGUCAUAUAACAUUCCACUAGUAAAGACAUUAUUACAAGAUCCCGUUAUUGGAACAAUACCACAUGAAAUCAUAGCUUCUCAUCAUUCUCGGACUCAAGCUUAUCAUCCGUCACCUCAGGAUGGUAAAUCUCAAAAAGAUGAGCCAACUUGUGUUAGAGACCUCAUUUAUCAAGCUAUAGAAAUGAGCUUACAAUCACCUGUAAAACCAGGAAAGAGUACAACACCCAUCACUUCAUCAUCAACAUUACAGUCAAUUGUUAACAGAGAGAGAGAAAAGGACAUGUUUUCUCGAGAAGCUUCUCAGGAAAUAAAGGAUGAAAUUGGUGAACAUGCAAAUUUAAGUAAUACGCCUCCAGCGGCUCAUAAAGCCUCACGUCCUCAUUAUUCAGUAACAAGACCUGAAGGACUGAUGGCUCAGUAUGCACAUCAUAUGAAUAGGGAACCAGAUAUGGAGAUAUUAGAUUAUGAAGUGCAAGAUCUGAGUAGGAAAGACAAACCUAGAGAUAAAAAUUACAGUCCUCCAAGAGAAUAUGGAUCUCUAAAAAGAGAGAGAAUUGUAACUAACGUUCGGCCACCUUCCGAACUGGGUUAUUCCACUUCACAUAGUCAAUUUUCACCUUAUGGUGGUAUUCCUCCGCCACCAGCUCAUUCUAAUUAUAGUAGAACAAAUAGACUUCUUCCUCCACCUGACUUGUCUCCUCAAUAUACUACAGAACCUCGAGAAGUAUAUUAUUCUCGUUCUAAUGAGAGUCAUGGAAAGACAUCGUAUAAUGUUCCCGAUCAGUUGCAUUCUCAACCUCCACAAUUAAUUGCCCAACCACCAACACCAGUUACUCCUGCUACACCACCACCUUCACGAAUUUUACCAAAAUCUGCUAAAUGUAACGUACCACCUCCUCCUCCACUUAUAACAUCAUCAGUUAAAUCUACGCCUUUAUCACCAAAACUACCAUAUAAGGAGAAAUUAAUGUCACAUCCUCCUCCUGGUUCUAUAACACAAGGCACUCCAGUUAAUCAGCAUCUCUCUUCUGCUUCUAAUAAUAUUAAUCAUUCACAAUCAGUGUCAAGACACGACAAUUUUUUGGGGCAUCCUACAGCGCAUAUGCCUAAAGAAUCUGGAUCAAUUACAUUAGGAACCCCAUUAUCUCACGAUUCUGCUUCAAAAAGAGGAAUGUCAGGCAGUGGACGUUUAGAAGGCUCUGUUGCACCAACUCCCACUUUUGAUGGCAACAGCAGAAAUCCAGUAACAGCAUCAGAAGGUCUUCCUAGGCCAGGAUUGAGGGUCAUGUAUGAUCCAAACGCUAUAGAAAAUUACUAUAGGCGCAUGUCACCUACUGGACCAUACUCAUAUCCACAAUCAUUUACUGCUUAUUCUUCACCACAACAAACUUCAAGAUCAGCUUAUCAUUGUGAAUCUCAGCUUAGUUCAAAACAAAUUAUGAUAGAUUUCAACACAUCAAAACAAAUGCAAAUGAGAAGGGGAAGCAAUUCUGAAAAAGAAGCUAGAAUAUCUCCUAGAGCACAUGAAAACAAUCCACAUCCACCGUUAAGUGGUUCUUCUACUCCAGAUCCUCGUAUAUUUUCAGUUUAUACAAAUGUUCCUUAUCCUUCAAAUACAAGUGGUGUCCCUUUUCCAGGUCAAGGAUCUGUUUACUUUCCAGUUGGUGAUUCUAGAUUUCAUCAUCAUAGUAGUUCACCAAUUGUACAAAUAGAUAGGACACACAGUCCUGGAAAUGAAUCUCAAAUUUCUCCAAAUACCUCAUGGCCAUCACCUGUGUCUAAACAAUCUUCUGUUCAUAGCCCAGGACUUCAGCAAGGUCAUGUCACGCCUCGUCAGAAUGUUAUUCAGCGUAGUAUUACAUGGGGAACUGCUAAACCAUCGGUAAUUCAGACUCCGACGUCAGCUUCGCCUCGUUCACUAGACAUGAGGACAGAACCAAUAAGUCCCGUGCCACCAAUAAGAAAAGGAGCACCUUCUCCUCGACAUCCUCCACCAGGGACAUAUUCUAUAAAUCCUUCUUCUCACGAUGCAUUUAAUACUUUAGUUAAUGCAGCUGCAGCUCAACCAAGCUUAGUUGUACCAAAAGAAGAAAAACGCUCUCCAAUUGUUUCAAGUCCAAAUAUGCAUAUGCAUUCAGAGAUCACUCGCUCCCCAAGGGAAAGAUCAACUGUGGAAGGAUUGGAAAAAUCACUUCUAGAUAUGCAUAAGAGACCAAGAUCUUACUCCGAGUCAGGACAAUCAAUAAUUGCAAAUAAUUCUCGCGAGAAAUAUCGAAAUGAGAGAGAGCAUGGUAGAGCUAGCGUGGAAGGCUUACCGGUAGAUGGAGAAAGAGAGAGGAUUAUUAUUGGUCAUUCUAAUAUCCGAGAAGAGCAACACUAUCUUGUUGAAACAGGCCCAAAUACCGAUUAUGAUCAUAAUAAUUUAGAACGCUUAACUGUAGAUUUGGAAAGACCUAAAAUGGGAAUUACAGAAUCAACUUCUAGUUUACGGUUGUCCAAUGCAAGAGAACCAUUCACCAGAGAACAAUUUGAAAAACAAAUGAGACAACCUAAUUAUGGCAUGUCGAGAUCAAGUCGUGAAAGAGGUUUAUCUCAGAACAGAAAAGAGGACGAAAAUCGUCCAAAAUAUAUUAGAAUGGACAUGGUAGAAAGACCCACGACUUCAACUCCUUAUACUCAUCAAAAUGAAUUAGAUAAUGAAGCUUCUAGAAUAUUUUCUCAAUCAUUUCAAAAGGACCAUCAAAAACCAACUUCCACUCAACAUGGCUUUACAGCUGCUAAUCUUAUCGAUGCUAUUAUCACUCAUCAAAUUAAUCAGACUGCCGAAAAUCCUGGCAACAACAAAAAUGCUGCAAUAGAUAAUUUGUUCCAGAGACAACAAUCUGAAAGUGAUGCUAGACAACAUGAAAGUGGAAGAGUAAAUCAUAAUAAUGGUAGGCAAGAAGUUGUAACAAUAGACGACGAACCUCCUAUAAACAGAGAACGGUAUAACAGGGAACGACCUAGUAGUCAUAAUCAUAACUCUCCUAUAGCACAAGAUUCUUUUGCUUGUAUGACAGAGAAAAACAUUACAUUGGGUGAAAGGAUUGCUGCUAUUAUAUCUAAAGACUUUAGCUCAUCUAAUGAUAUACAUUCUGCCCAGUCCUCUUAUAGUCAUAAUCGUAUUGCUGUUGGAAGUUCUAUGUCACCUGCAUCCUCAAAUAGAGCAAGUUAUCAAUCUGAUGUGUGUCAUGUACUUGAUUCUCAUCAUCAUAAUAGGCCAUUAGAAGGUAUAGCUGCAUCUCUUCCUGCUGAAGGUCUCUCUGGUACUCAAAGUUCUCCGAUGAGUGAACCAGAUCACAGUCUUCAGAAUUGUUCUGGUUCGGCUUGCAGUUCUCAUAGUUGGAAAUUACGAAGAGCUUUACAACAGGAUCGUGAUAGAGAACAUCAGUCUCCAGGUUGUGCCGAUACUUCCAGUAUUUCUCAUCAGCCAACUCAAGUUGCUGGUAAUGUUAUGAAUCAAGACGAACGUCAAAUUAUUAGAGUUGCUCAAUCGGGUUCUCCGUGCAUUCAAUCAUCACAUUCUUCGAGAUCAUCACGUACAUCUCCGGUUACACCAUAUGCUGUCGAACCUAUUUCACCACCAAAUCAACCUUCAUCGGAUAACAUUAUUAGUAAUAACUCUCGUGUAAUUUCAGCAUCGUCAACAACAUCUGGGGACAACAAUUCAUUUCCCGGACAUCCUUCAAAUAGGACAUCUGCUUGGGUAACAAAUCCGGGUAUAACUGGCUUGCUAACAACUCGCCGCUUGUAUCAGCACGAGUCCUCGGAAUCUUCUGUUUCUGUAUCUAGUUCCGUUGUUCAUAGUUCUAACAUUCCCACUUGUAUAGGAAACUUGGGUCCCUCGAUUUCAAACAGACCACCUCAUCAACAACAAAUUGGACUUUCUCCAUUAGAUUAUGUAAAAAAUAGAAUUGUUGAGGUUAUGAGAACUGCUACUGAUGAAAAUAAUGAAAUUCAUGAAUCUGUGAGGAAAGGUAUUCCUUCUUCUUCUCAAAGUGUGCAAAAAGAAGAGAAAGAUCAAUCACAAAAUAUUAGAUAUAAUUCAUUAAAUAACUAUGAUAAUGAAUGUCCUUCAGAAAAUAUUAGAGAAACCAUGACACCUCAAUCUUCUCAAAGGUAUAGUCCUGCAGUUACUCCAGUUUCUUUUAUUCCUACUCCUCCACGCCCAUCAUCUGCUGUUGAUUCUAAUCCUGGUAGAAUUAGUGUAAUGGCAGACAGUUCACAUCUCUAUAAACAUAAUUUAGAAUGUGUUCCACACAAUUCUGAUUGGAAAGAUGUUCGAAUAUCUAGAAUUAGACCCAGGUCAGCUUCUCCUAGUAGUACGGAAAUAACAACAAAAGAAUUAGAAGAAACAUCAAGGAAGAAAUCUCGUCUAGAAAGUCACUAUAUACCUGAAAGUUCUACAGAAAAAAAUAAUUUACCCCUUCCAGAAAGUUCAGAAAAUGCACAUAGUAGUACUACGUCAGGACAUUUGGAACCUCCACAAUUAGCCAGUUUCGGAGAGCAGAAUGAAAAUAACAAUUAUAUUUCUGAAAGUCAUCCUUCACCUCCUAUUAGUUCUAACGGAAAUGAUUUAUCUAGAAGUGCCUCUCCAUCUGAAUUACAUUCUUCUCAGUCCAGUCGAAGAGAAGGGGAGAGGUCAACGGUAGAAAGCUCUACAUACUGUGAAACAAAAGGAGAAAACCAAUGGGAAGUUACUUCUGGUGUUGGAGAUGAUAGAACUACAACUGAUUGUAUCUCACAUAUAGUAGACAGUCCUGCAUCUGGAGAAAUGGUAAUUGAUGAAUCGUCAAAUAUUAAUAGUGCAUCUUCGUCUCAAAUUGAACCCGUUUCUCCUCCUACACAAGAAACAAUUUCCACUUCUGGAAAUAUAGAAACUCGAGAUCAAGUUGGUAGUAGUAGUAGUACCGGUAAUGCACAGGUUGGCAGUACAAAUGGAAGUCUCUCUCUCUCUGAUCCUAGUCAGAGUGGUCCUGUUACAUCCACCCAGGGACAGAAUAGCAGGGCCAAUACCCCUCUGUCGAGCGGAGUAGUUGGUCCGGGAUGCUAUUCUCCGUAUAGUUCAUCAGUUUCUAGCACUAGCAUAAGCAGUAGUAGUCCAAUAUAUUCCUCUAGUUCAAUGACGCCAUCUGUAUCUUCCAGCCAGCACAUUCCAUAUUCAAAUUUUUCUAGAAAUACCCCGUAUCCUUACGCUUAUUCUGCGCUUUCGGUCAGGUCGUUAGCCGCUUCGGCCCAUCAGUGUGGAAGUCCGUCUUCGACACAAAAUCCAAAUUCUAGCCUUUCUUGCGCAUCAUCACACAUCCAGUCAUCUGCAGUAAGCGGAAGUAGUUCCUCCAGUAAUUCUCCCUCUUCUUUAUCUAGAGAAAAUCAACCGGCACCAAUUCUUUCUUCUCAGUACGAACCUCUGUCGGACGAAGACUGAAAUUCAUUCCCAAAGGGAAAUUUUGUGUGAUUAAAGAGACUAAUCUGUUGUACAAUAUUGUGCAUUCCAUAUUACAAAUUAGUGCAGCUAAUUAUGCUUCACGGUGCCUGAAAGUGGUCACAUUCAUGGUUUCUUGUUUUUAAAGGCCUGUGGAGCAUUAAGAAGGACAAAAAAUCUAUCAGAUUCUGCUCACAACCCACCUUCAGAAACUGUGUUCGACUGUGAUUUCGUUUGAUAAAAUACAACUAAGGAAAACGUGUGCACAAGAUAGCUACAUCUCAGAAAUAAAGGAGAAAGUGUUUCCUCAUAAUGUCCGUCUGCUGACACUGCCAUCUCACAGGGAAUUAUCUCGUGCGAGCGGGACUCAGAGUGAUUUCCUUAUUAGCAGGUGCUUUGUGCCUUGGUUUCAUGUGCAGGGUACUAUAGGAAUCCUACAGACUCCAGUAUGUUGCACCACUGUAAAAUGUAAAGCCAGCAGACAUGCAUUACUUCUUUGUGUGUUUGCAAAGUUGAAGGGUUCAUGAAUAUACAUUAGUAUUUGUAAAUGUUAAGAAAACAAAAAAAGGUUCCUGGUUGUUUGAACUUCUUUCAUUUUGUACAUGUGGCAAAAGUACACUGUUUCUUGCAAAGAAAAUAUUUCCACAUUUUAAUUCUUAUGAUUGCCCUUCCUUUUUUUUGUUUUUUUUUUGGUACAGCUUUGACAGCAGGAUGUAAAAAAUCGAAAUAAUAUGGAGGUAUAAAUUACUGGUGUACAUAUUUUUAUGGACCUCCUUACUUUACCUGCUGAACAUCUUAGGGCUGUUCUUCACAGAUUGUAUAUCAUAUCUGUGCUGGCUGUUUGUGACUAAAACAGACUGUAGUGUUCAAAAGUUGUUACUUUUGUUGGCAAAUUAAACGUUGUCACAAACAA